CCUUCAAAUCUGGCCAAACCCAUAUAAUACAAAGCGGUUUCAGCCAUGCAAAACACACAAAUGGAUGAGGACAGGGCAAUGGCUAGGGAAGAAGCAACAGGACGAGAAGUCAAGUACAGAGGCGUUCGAAGGCGGCCUUGGGGCAAAUUCGCUGCUGAGAUACGCGACUCCACACGCCAAGGAGCACGGGUUUGGUUGGGAACUUUUAACACGGCGGAGGAAGCAGCAAGAGCGUAUGAUCGAGCAGCUUAUGCAAUGAGAGGCCAGUUAGCCAUUCUUAAUUUUCCUAACGAGUACACUCUUGCAAGUGGUGGUUCUGGUAGCGUUACUGCUUCUUCUUCUUCCUCUUCACCGUCAAUGCAAAAAAAUGUUAUCGAGUUGGAGUGCCUGGAUGAUAGAUUGCUGGAGGAGAUGCUUGACCAAGAAGAGCAAAAGAGCAAGAAAAAGUGAAUUAGCUACUCUAGCCCAGCUCCUUGGCGCUUAUCCUCCACUAUCAAUUCCAUUAUAGUUAGCACUCAAUCCCUACCUAUCAUUGAGUUUUCCUACAUUCCGAAAGAAGCAAACUUUGUUGAGGACUGUUUAGCAAAGCAGGGGUCAUCGCAGAUAGAGGAUUUUGUUGCCUACUUCUAAUUCUAUUGCUGCUCUAUCUCCAGCAUCACCUGGAAUUUAUCUGCUGUUUUGUUAGUGUGUCCUUGCUGUGAUGGUUUUGUCUUGUUUAAUCUUUAUUGCUUUAACUUUGUUGCCUUGGUUUCUGUUUUUUUCUUGGUCUUGGAUCAGUUUUGAGCUUCGGCUCUGUUUGCUUUGGUCUUGGUUUUUCUGUUUCGUAUGUUCAGGUUUUUUGGCUUAGCAUGAUGCAUUAAAAGUGAAGUGUAUUCCAAUUAAUUUAUCGGCUUGUGUUAGCAGAAUGUGAUAUGCUAAGUUUUUUCCUGAUUAAAAUUCUCCUGUUUAUAUAAAAAAGUAGCAACUAGCCACCUCUAUCACAUAAUU